CGGCGGCCGGUGGCGCUGGCUUGGCUCUGCCUGGCGGCGCUCCGUCUCGGCGCGGUGGCGCCGCAGCCUUGCCCGGCUCCCUGCUCUUGCUCCGGCACCACGGUCGACUGUCACGGGCUGGCGCUGCGCGGCGUCCCCAGGAACGUCCCCCGCAACACCGAGAGGCUGGAUCUUAAUGGAAAUAAUAUCACAAGGAUCACCAAGACUGAUUUUGCUGGUCUCAGGCACCUCCGAGUCCUUCAGCUCAUGGAAAACAGGAUUAGUACCAUUGAGAGGGGAGCGUUCCAGGACCUGAAAGAGCUGGAGAGGCUGCGCCUAAACAGAAAUAAUCUUCAGCUGCUUUCUGAAUUGUUGUUCCUUGGGACACCAAAGCUCUACAGACUAGACCUCAGUGAGAACCAGAUCCAUGCCAUUCCAAGAAAGGCUUUCCGAGGUGCUGUAGAUAUUAAGAACCUGCAACUGGAUUACAAUCAGAUCAGCUGUAUUGAAGAUGGUGCGUUUAGGGCUCUCCGCGAUCUGGAAGUACUCACUCUCAACAAUAACAACAUCACAAGACUCUCAGUGGCAAGUUUCAACCAUAUGCCUAAACUCAGAACCUUCCGACUUCACUCCAACAACCUCUACUGCGAUUGCCAUCUGGCUUGGCUAUCUGACUGGCUGCGACAAAGACCACGGGUUGGCCUCUAUACCCAGUGCAUGGGCCCAUCGCAUUUAAGGGGUCACAAUGUGGCAGAAGUUCAAAAACGGGAAUUCAUCUGCAGCGGUCAUCAGUCUUUUAUGGCUCCCUCCUGCAGCGUCUUACACUGCCCUUCUGCAUGUACCUGUAGUAACAACAUUGUCGACUGCCGUGGGAAAGGCCUGACGGAGAUCCCGACCAACCUACCAGAAACCAUAACGGAAAUACGGUUGGAGCAGAACGCCAUUAAGGUCAUCCCCCCUGGAGCUUUCUCACCGUACAAAAAGCUGAGAAGAAUCGAUCUGAGCAAUAAUCAGAUCUCGGAGGCGGCACCAGAUGCCUUCCAGGGCCUGCGCUCCCUCAAUUCACUCGUCCUUUAUGGAAACAAAAUCACAGAACUUCCCAAAGGCCUGUUUGAAGGACUCUUCUCCCUGCAGUUGUUGUUGUUAAAUGCCAACAAGAUAAAUUGCCUGCGAGUUGAUGCUUUUCAAGACCUGCACAACUUGAACCUCCUGUCUUUGUACGAUAAUAAGCUGCAGACCAUUGCAAAGGGCACCUUUUCCCCGCUCCGAGCGAUUCAGACCCUGCAUCUGGCUCAGAACCCAUUUAUUUGCGACUGCCAUCUGAAGUGGCUGGCGGAUUAUCUCCAUACAAACCCUAUUGAAACCAGCGGUGCCCGCUGCACCAGCCCCCGCCGUCUGGCAAACAAAAGGAUCGGCCAGAUCAAAAGCAAGAAAUUUCGCUGUUCAGCUAAAGAACAGUAUUUCAUUCCAGGCACAGAAGACUACAGAUCCAAACUAAGCGGAGAUUGUUUCGCAGACCUAGCCUGCCCCGAAAAAUGUCGCUGCGAAGGGACAACCGUCGACUGCUCCAAUCAGAAGUUUAGCAAACUUCCUGACCACAUUCCUCAAUAUACAGCCGAACUGCGACUCAACAACAAUGAAUUCACAGUGUUGGAGGCUACGGGGAUCUUUAAGAAGCUUCCUCAGUUGCGCAAAAUAAACCUGAGCAAUAACAAAAUCACAGACAUAGAAGAAGGCACCUUCGAAGGCGCGUCUGGCGUCAAUGAGCUGCUGCUCACCAGCAACCGGCUGGAGAAUGUUCGGCACAAAAUGUUCAAAGGACUGGAAAGCCUGAAAACAUUGAUGCUACGGAGCAAUCGCAUCAGCUGCGUGAGCAACGACAGCUUCACCGGCCUGAGUUCUGUCCGACUGCUGUCUUUGUACGACAACCAAAUCACCACAAUUGCGCCAGGCGCCUUUGACACCCUGCAUUCCCUCUCCACGCUAAACCUCUUAGCCAACCCUUUCAACUGCAACUGCCACUUAGCGUGGCUUGGAGAGUGGCUGCGGAAGAAGCGCAUUGUGACGGGGAACCCUCGCUGUCAGAAACCUUACUUCCUGAAAGAAAUCCCAAUACAGGAUGUUGCCAUUCAAGAUUUUACUUGUGAUGAUGGAAAUGACGACAACAGUUGCUCGCCACUUUCCCGCUGCCCUGUAGAAUGUACUUGCCUGGAUACUGUAGUUCGUUGCAGCAACAAAGGCCUGAAGACUUUGCCCAAAGGUAUCCCAAAAGAUGUGACCGAGCUGUAUUUGGAUGGAAACCAGUUCACUCUAGUCCCCAAAGAACUUUCAAACUACAAACACUUAACUCUUAUAGACCUAAGUAACAACCGAAUCAGCACUCUCUCUAACCAGAGCUUCAGUAACAUGACUCAGCUGCUCACCUUAAUUCUCAGUUACAAUCGUCUCCGGUGUAUUCCAGCCCGAGCGUUUGACGGCUUGAGAUCGCUUCGAUUGCUGUCUUUGCAUGGCAAUGAUAUUUCCGUUGUACCCGAAGGCGCUUUCAAUGAUCUUUCAGCGCUAUCCCAUCUUGCCAUCGGAGCGAAUCCGCUGCACUGUGACUGCCACAUGCAGUGGUUGUCCGACUGGGUAAAAUCCGAGUACAAGGAACCAGGGAUAGCCCGAUGCGCUGGUCCCGGGGAAAUGGCCGACAAGCUACUUCUUACCACCCCAUCCAAAAAAUUUACUUGUCAAGAGGUUCCAGGGCCUUGUGGUUUUCUUGUGCCAGGUCCAGUAGAUGUCAACAUCCUCGCCAAAUGUAGCCCCUGCUUAUCAAAUCCAUGCAAAAACGAUGGGACAUGUAACAAUGACCCUGUGGACUUCUACAGAUGCACCUGCCCCUACGGUUUCAAGGGCCAGGACUGCGACGUUCCGAUUCAUGCCUGUAUCAGCAGCCCUUGUAAACAUGGGGGGACUUGCCACUUAAAAGAAGGUGAAAAAGAUGGAUUUUGGUGUGCCUGUGCCAAUGGGUUUGAAGGUGAACACUGCGAGGUGAAUAUCGAUGACUGCGAAGACAACGAUUGUGAAAACAAUUCUACCUGCAUUGAUGGGAUUAACAACUACACGUGCCUUUGUCCGCCUGAAUAUACAGCUGCUAAUCUGAAUGAAGUGGAAAAAGGUGAGCUCUGCGAAGAGAAGUUGGAUUUCUGUGCCCAAGACCUGAACCCUUGCCAGCAUGACUCCAAGUGCAUCCUGACUCCCAAAGGAUACAAAUGUGAUUGCACACCUGGUUAUAUAGGAGAACACUGUGAUAUUGACUACGAUGACUGCCAAGACAAUAAGUGUAAAAAUGGAGCGCACUGCACUGAUGCGGUGAAUGGGUACACAUGCAUAUGCCCCGAAGGCUAUAGUGGCCUUUUCUGUGAGUUUUCGCCACCCAUGGUCUUGCCUCGCACCAGUCCGUGUGACAAUUACGAGUGUCAAAACGGCGCCCAGUGCAUCACCAAAACGAACGAGCCUGUCUGCCAGUGCUUGUCGGGUUACCAGGGCGAUAAAUGUGAAAAGCUGGUCAGCAUCAACUUUGUGAACAAAGAAUCCUACCUGCAGAUUCCUUCGGCCAAGUUUCGUCCUCAAACGAAUAUCACUCUGCAGAUUGCUACAAACGAAGACAGUGGAAUCCUGUUGUAUAAAGGCGACCGAGAUCAUAUAGCCAUGGAACUGUAUCGUGGGCGGGUGAGGGUCAGCUAUGAUACAGGAUCGUAUCCGGCAUCUGCCAUUUACAGUGUUGAGACAAUCAAUGAUGGUAACUUCCACAUAGUUGAGUUACUGGCCAUGGAUCAGAUUCUGUCUUUGUCCGUCGAUGGAGGAAGUCCCAAAGUCAUCACCAACUUGUCUAAGCAAUCCACGUUGAAUUUCGACUCACCGCUAUAUGUAGGAGGCAUGCCCAUGAAGAACAAUGUCGCUGCCUUGCACCAGUCCCCAGGUCAAAAUGGCACUAGCUUUCAAGGCUGCAUCCGUAAUCUGUACAUCAAUAGCGAACUGCAAGACUUUAGGAACGUUCCGCUUCCCGUUGGAAUUCUCCCAGGCUGUGAGCCCUGUCACAAGAAGAUGUGUGUCCACGGAACGUGCCAUGCGACGAGCCAAUCGGGCUUUACGUGUGAGUGUGAUGGAGGAUGGACCGGCCAACUUUGUGAUCAGCAAGCCAAUGAUCCUUGUCUAGGAAAUAAAUGUGUGCAUGGUACCUGCUUGCCAAUCAAUGCAUUUUCAUACAGUUGUAAAUGCCUGCAGGGACAUGGGGGAGUCCUCUGUGAUGAAGAUGAAGAAUUGUUUAACCCCUGCCAGUCCAUCCGAUGUAAACAUGGUAAAUGUAGGCUUUCAGGCCUUGGAAAACCAUAUUGCGAAUGCAGCAGCGGAUACACUGGGGACAGCUGCGAUAAAGAAAUCUCUUGUCGAGGGGAACGAAUCCGAGAUUACUUCCAAAAGCAGCAAGGCUACGCCGCGUGCCAGACGACCAAGAAGGUAUCGAGACUAGAAUGCAGUGGCGGGUGUUCAACUGGGCAGUGUUGCAGGCCGCUGAGGAGCAAGAGGAGGAAAUACUCUUUUGAAUGCACUGAUGGGGCCUCGUUUGUGGACGAGGUCGAAAAAGUGGUGAAGUGUGGCUGUACAAAGUGCCCCUCCUAAGCGUCCUCCCCCCUCCUAUUUUGCCCACGUCUAUUUUUUUUAAAUGUUGUAUACUUAUUGACCAUGUCGGACUAAUUAAUGCUUCAUAGUGGAAAGAUUUGAAAUAUAUUGUAAAAUACAGAACAGACUUAUUUUUAUUAUGAGAAUAAAGACUACAUUUUUUCUUCACUUGCAAAAAAAAAAAUUAAUAAUCAAGAGCUUGAACUAUGAGACUUCUUCUGACCAAGAGGAGCAUUGGAAACAAAAAUUAAAACAAAGACCUAGUAACAUUUCAACAACGAUUGGAAACUUUAACUGUUUUUAACAUUAGUCCUUCUUUAUAACAUACUGAGGAUAAACUGGCACCUUCCAGCUGACUUUUUGAUCCUUCCGUCUUACUGAUAAAAAAUCAACAAGAAUAAGAGGCUUCUUUUUUUACUUCCUUAAAAGUAGGGUUUUUUAUUUUUGGGGAGGGGGGUUGUAUUCUUUUGACAAGACCAUAUCAUACUCCUCCAGGAGGUGGAAGCAAGAAUGGCACAUGAAGAGAAAUCCGUCUGUGCAAGUUGAACAAACGUGUGUGAUUUUUUUUUUUUUUGUAUGGCAGUUUGAUAUGCAAGUAGGGGAAGAGAGGAAAUGAGGGAUCUCACCUCCUGGAUGGAAGAGGACACCCCGCAAUUCUGAAAUCUCCCGAUGUACACUUUUCUGUGGGCACUUUGGCAAAAGAAGAAAUCAAGUGUUUAUGCACCCUUUUCCAGUAUUAAGUUUUUUGUACUGUAAAUGUUAAGGAUAAAAAAAAUAGAUUAUUGUUGAGAUAAUUAGGUAUAAUAUGGAGUUUUUGUUUCUAUGAGUUUUUGAACCGCUCUAUACAGUAUUCAGUUUAUUGAGAAAUAUUUAUUGUAUCAAAGUACGUUGUCCCUAACAUUUUAGGCCGCCCCUUUUACUUUUUUUUUUCCAGUGCUUUAAUAUAUAUUAAUUUAUAUUUGUCCUGAUAUUUUUGUAUUUCCUGUUUGUUUUUUUAAAGACACAAAAGCAGGAUAUUUGCAAUAGGACUAACAUAGCAUAUUCUCUUGGGGUAAAAUAGAUCUGAUCCGGGCUCUUUAAUUCUUUUCCCCCUAGCAACCUAUUAUGUGGUGUCAAGUGACAAAACUGGAAGCAACGAUGAGUUGUGGUUUUCAUGAUAGCAAAGAAUAAGGCACCUCCCUGGUCCCUGUAAAGUAUGAGAGAAGGAAAAAAAAUGUCUCAACUAUAGAUGGCAAGUGAAUAGAAUUGAGCAUUUCCCUAAAUAUACAUUUACUUUACAGCAAAUGAAUUGGUGUGUAGAAAAUGACUCUAGAAAAGUAGAUCUUUACAAACUAAUAUUUCUUUGGAAUUCCUUACCUUUAAAAUU